AGCAAAUGAGGGUAUUGUUUUUGCUGCCUUCUCCCAAAGGCAAAGCACACAGUCAUAAUAUCCUUUUAUCAGAUUUCCUAGUAUAAAAGGACUUUUGAUUCCUAAAUUCAUGCUGUGUUGCUACCAACAGGGUUGGUUUCAGAGUUCCUGUUUCGGAAGAUGCAUUUGUAUUAUGUUUUAAUCAUUUUGUUUCCUCUUUAUAAUAGUCUAAGUACCCUCUGCCCCAGAAGAUGCAACUGCGACUCCAUGCAGUCAGUGCAAUGCUACAGGGUCCUACAAGUACCUAGAGAGAUUCCUGCAACCACAAGGCGACUUUACAUCAGCCACAGCAAAAUCAAACACCUUCAGAUCACUGACUUCAGCAAAAUAUCUUGCCUGGAAGAGCUUAUCUUGUCUUGCAGUGGAACAGAAUUGGUAGAAGAUAAUACGUUCAAAGCUCUGAGCACCUUGAAGAGCCUAGAACUCUGGAAGAAUAAACUAAGGCGUGUACCCACUUUCCUCCCAUCCAGCCUUGAAAUAUUAAAACUUGGUGGCAAUUCAAUUAGUGUUCUGCAUGAAUCAGACUUUGAAGGUUUAAAGAAAUUAAGAGUGCUUGAUAUUCAAAACAACUUGAUUUUGGCAGUCUCUUUCAGCACACUUUCCCCCCUUUGCAGUUUACAGAGUCUGACUUUGGAUGGCAAUAAUAUAGAAUCUGUGUCUGGGCCACUUACACUUCCCAGACUGAAGUAUCUGAGUAUGGAAAAUAACAAAUUACAUUCUUUCUCAGGCAGCUUCUUUGCAUCACUCCAAUAUUUACAGUUUCUCAGAUUAACUGGCAACCUUCUGACUAAGGUCCCUCUUAACCUGCCUAAGUCCCUGCUUUCAUUAAAACUAGAGCGAAACCAACUCAAAGUGAUACGAUUCCGAGACAUGAAACAUCUGGAAAACCUGUCUGAGCUUUUCCUCUCAGAAAAUCAGCUCUCAUCAGUUGAUGGCGCUCAACUUCUUCCUAACUUAACCACCCUGGAGCUGUCCAGGAACCACCUCCAAACCAUGCCACUCAGACUACCAGCCAGACUACAGAAACUUGACUGUAGCAAUAACUUCAUUCGGAGAGUGACAGCCCAGGGCUUCCAGGAUCUACGAGACCUCAAGCAUUUGUUUCUUGACAACAACACAGUCAGCAUGUUUGAGGCUGGAGCACUUCAUGGGUGUGCACAGCUGUCUAACCUGGCACUGGAACAAAACCUGCUUAUUUCUAUUCCAUUAAGACUUCCAGAUACUCUAGCCAGGUUGGAUCUAAAAGGAAAUGACAUACAGGAUGUUGGAGAACGAGAGCUAAAGGACCUGAAACAGCUCCAGGUUUUAAAUCUACGGAACAACAAGAUAUCUGCCUUGGAUCGCAAAGUCCUAGAAUAUUUGCCACGUCUCAGGUAUCUGUAUUUGGAUGGAAACCCUUGGAAUUGCACUUGUGACCUUCUGAGAACCAGAAGAGUGCUGAUGGCCAAAGGGACUGAUGUCAAAGGAGGACAAUGUGCAGCACCAGCAGAAAGGCAAGGAGAAAGCUGGAUGUCUUCCAAAAAGAUUCUGCAGGGUUGUGAAGAUAACCUAUCUUCAGCUGAACAAAGCAAAGAGGUCAAAAAGAAAAUGAAGGUUGAUGACCUUUCCAAUGAAGGUUUAAAGAUGGAUGAUGAUUAUUAUGAUUAUGAAAUAGAUUAAUCAUGUAAUUACGAUGAACUUUAGAGUUGUUUUUCUUAAUUAAGCAAUCAUCUUUGCAAACGAAGAACCUGCUAGGCUACCAUUGACAUUUCAUUUUUUAUUUCGUAUUACAAGACUUAGGGUAUGUCUACACAGCUAAGUUAUUUCAGGAUACCAGAGGUAUCCUGAAAUAAUCUUUUGAACGCAUCCGCUAUUUCGAAAUAGAGCAGACGUGCUAUUUCGCCAUCCCUGUAAACCUCAUUCUACGAGGAGUAAGAGAUGGCCUGAAAUAGCACUUUAUUUUGAUAUUUGGCACUGUGUAGCUAGUGCCUAAUGAUGAAAUAAACUAUUUAAAAAUAAACUUGAAAUAAGCUACAUAAUUUGUAUAGUGCAAAUUGCGUCUCUUAUUUCAAGUUUUAGGUGCUGUAUAGAUGCACCCUUAGUGGUUUGGAGCAGGUGGGGAUGUAAGGUGUUCUGAAAAUUGCAAGAUGCUGCUUUUAAAAAAAACUGCUUUGCUGUGUGAUUCAUAUUAGAUGUUUGUAGGAAAUGAAUACCAAUACUAGCAGCUAGAAAAGUGUGGCACAGUCAAACAAAAUAGUGACAGUUAACAGAGUUUGCAGAUUUGCUAAUUCUGCAUAGGGCUCAGUCAAGUGUGCAAAUAGUUCCACAGAAGUCUUGUAACAAAAAUCCUACCCUACUCACAUGAUGCUGUUAAUUUGAGAUUCAACCCAUUUACAGGGGCAUUGCUGUAAUUUCCAGAACAAGAAGCCUGAAGUUGGAAGAUUUUCUGUAUGUACUCAGACUGGUAGAUGCAGCUGUUCAGCAAUGUUCAAAUAAAAAUUGCCUUUGAAAAAUUAAA